GAAGACUCCUCCAUCCAUGUUCCGCGCAGUGACCCUGCUUCCCGCCGCUGUGAGGAGAGUGGGGCGAGGUCCGAAUCCGCGCCAUGGCUGCGGUGACCUAUGAGGAUGUGCAUGUGAAUUUCACUCAUGAAGAGUGGGUUUUGCUGGAUCCUUCCCAGAAGAGUCUCUACAAAGAUGUGAUGCUGGAGACCUACUGGAACCUCACUGCUAUAGGAUACAAAUUGGAAGACCUGAAUAGUGAGGAACACUCUCAGCGCUCUAGAAGAUGUGGAAGACAUAAGAUCUGUCACUCUGGACACAAGCCUUGCGAACUUAAGGGAUAUGGAAAGAAGCAAUGUACCUUUGCAGAUAAAAGGUUUCUUCAAAUAUAUGAAAGAAUCCAUACUGAAGGGAAACCCUAUGAAUGUAAGCAAUGCAGUCAAAUCUUUGCAAAUUUCUGUCAUCUUCGAAAACAUGAAAAAAAACAUACUAGAGAAAAACUAUAUGAAUGUAAUGACUGUGGUAAAUCCUUUCCAAGUCGCAAUUCUCUUCAAAUACACAACAGAACUCAUACAGGAGAGAAACCCUAUGAUUGCAACGAGUGUGGUAAAGCAUUUACAUGUCGCAGUAAUCUUCUACUACACAAAAGAACUCAUACAGGAGAGAAACCCUAUGAUUGCAAUGACUGUGGUAAAGCAUUUGCAAGUAGUAGUAAUCUUCAAAUUCAUAAAAGAAAGCACACUGGAGAAAAACCCUAUGGAUGUAAUCAAUGUGGUAAAGCCUUUGCAUAUAGUAAUGCUCUUCAAAAACAUGAAAGAAGUCAUACUAGAGAGAAAAUCUAUGAGUGUAAUCAAUGUGGUAAAGCCUUUGCACGUCAUAGAAGUCUUCAAAAUCAUGAAGAACAUCAUACUCUUGAAAAACCAUAUGAAUGCAAUCAAUGUGGUAAAGCCUUUGCAUAUAGCAGUAAUCUUUAUAUACAUGAAAGAAGUCAUACUGGAGAAAAGCCAUUCAAAUGUACUCAAUGUGGUAAAGCCUUUCCAAGUCACAGUUCUCUUCAAAUACAUGAAAGAACUCAUACAGGAGAGAAACCCUAUGACUGUAAUGAAUGUGGUAAAGCAUUUGCAUGCCGCAGUAAUCUUCUACUACACAAAAGAACUCAUACAGGAGAGAAACCCUAUCAUUGCAUUGAAUGUGGUAAAGCGUUUGCAUGUAGCAGUAGUCUUCAAAAACAUGAAAAAACUCACACUGGAGAGAGACCUUAUGAGUGUAAUCAGUGUGGUAAAGCCUUCGCACGUCGAAGUGAUCUGUAUAUACAUGAAAGAAUCCAUACUGGAGAGAAACCAUAUGAGUGUAGUCAAUGUGGAAAAGCCUUUGUACAUUGCAUUAGUCUUCAGAGGCAUGAACGAACUCACUCUGGAGAGAAACCUUAUGAAUGUAAUCAAUGCGGUAAAGCCUUUACACGUCGCUUUAGUCUUCAGGUACAUGAAAGAAGUCAUAGUGGAGAGAAACCUUAUGAGUGUAAUCAAUGUGGUAAAGCCUUUGCAAGUCGUAGUAGUCUUCGAUAUCAUAGAAAACAUCAUACUGUUAAGAAACCAAAUUGAUCAGUGUGGUAAAGCCUUUCCAUGUUGCAGUCAUCUUCAAAUACACAAAAGAAAUCAUACUGGAAAGAAACUAUGUGGACAAGCCUUUAUAUGUCACAGUAACCUUCAUAAUCACACAAAAAAUGUCAUAUGGAGAGAAACCCUACACAUAUGUAAUUGAUGCAGUAAGCUUUGGCAUGUAAGUUUAAUAUUGAGACAUAUCAAAGAACUCAUACUGGAGAGAAACCCUGUGGAUGUAAUCAAGUGAUAAUGCUUCUGCAUGUUAUGGUCUUCAAAGGCAUGAGAGAAUUCCUACUGGUUAGAAACACCAUGAAGCCAAUAAAUGCAGUAAAGCCUUAUACACCAAGCACAUUUUUCCCAGUGAGUGAUCUCACUGGGAAUUAUGUAAGAUUAGUAGAAUCAUUUCAUCAUUAAAAUAUUGUCUUUUUUACAAAUUGUCAUCCAAGAAUAGAGGAAUACAGAAUAAUUUGAAUAAUAAAACCUACUUGCAAAUGAAAAUGAUAAUAACAUUGCCAUCAUUUUUAUGGGUUACUUUAUUCUGAGGAAUUAAUACUUAUUCUUAACACUUUCUCAGAAGCACACAUGAAUGGCAGAGAAGUGUCUCAAUGACUAAAGGUGGUUGCUGCUGAGCCUAAUGACCUGAGUUUAUAUGUAAUGUGGGAACUCACAUUACUCAUGAAAGUUUUUCUCUGAUUUUUACAGUUGGACUGUGUCAUAUGCACACAUGUAAUGGUACAUAUAUACAAAAAUGUUUUUGACAGGUAAAUAAGGGCCGAUGAUUUCACUUGAUAGUUGAAGGCACUUGCUGGAAAACUGGACUACCUGUGCUUGAUCUCUACAGCUCUGCUAGAGGAAAUAGGAAAUAGACACCUGUAAGUUAUCUUCUGACUGGCACACACAGACAGAAUUUAUUAUAGAUGAAGUUAAAGAAAAUAACUGAAAUAUUGAAAACAUAAAUGAUUUACCAGUCAUCAUAAAUGCAUUCUAUUAUUCC